GUAGGGACGACCCAAGCAUCCAUGUUUGCGUUUCAUUUGUGUUUCCUGUUAUGUUGCAUGUAAUUUCCGGUUCUUAACCGUCGAUGGUCCUAUACAUCAAUGGGAAGACCGAAGGUUUUGGGAAGCCCUGCGGGGAUGCAAGCACAUAUACAGAGAAGCAAAGUUUAUGCUUGAGUUACUCUAGGACCCCACUGGAUGUGAGCACUCCUCUGUAUUGUUAUGCAAGGUCUUGGAUGUGUGAACCUUGGAAGUCGUUGUUCAAGAACAUUUUGGAGAAUAUUUAGACCUGUGGCUUCAUGAGUGUAUAGAGCCACAGAAAUGAAUGAAGGACUGGUGGAUAACCGAGGUUCCGAGAGAGGGCCAGGGGAGGAAGACAUGGAGAUAAACGGAGAGGUACUAAAACCUACAAAUGAUCUACUUCUAGAAAGGGAGGAGAGGACUGAGUUUGGGGACAAUGGGCUGGAGAGGACCUCUCAGGUCCUAUCGCCACUGGAGGCCCUGGCUCCCUCGGACAGCCUUGACAUUCAGGACCAUGCCACCUCUGUUCCUGUGAUGACAGGCAAUGGGCAGACAGAGAAGAUCCCAGGGGGAGUUGCUGAGGAACAACCUGUAGACUGGUUUGAGCCUCUGGAAGAUGACAAUUAUGAAGAUGACACACAGGGUUGGAACUUGGGACUUGCGAUGGGGGAGCGACGCGUGAAUGGAAAAGGGGAUGCCGAAGAGGAGAGUGUUGCAGGGAGCGAAAGGAGCGGUAGCGUGGCAGGCCUUGAGAAGAAAAUCAACAGCAACAACCUGUUUUCUGUUUAUAGACGGAAGAAAAAAGUAACAGUUGAAGAGGGCUGGGAGGACUGGCCGGCACUUGGAAAGGGGUGGAAGCGCAAAGCGGUUGUUCGUCGUUCAGGUUCUAGUGUUGGCCAGAGUGACGUUUAUUACAUGAGUCCGAGUAAUGAGCGUGUGAGAAGUAGGGUUGAGCUUUCCAAAGUCCUGGCAGAUACUCUGGACAUGACAAUGUUUGAUUACAAAGCAGGGGUGUUCAGGGGUGCUGGACAACCCAAGCCCUUGCGUGCGAGAAAGACGAACAUACAGAAGGAUCCUCCUCCCUUAGUGGACUGUGGAUUUUCCUCAGAGUCCAGCUUGAAGGACAGAGGGGACCGGGCAGACAGUCCUGACUCCCAUCACAGACUGACCCCUCUGAGUCGCAGCUCUAUGGGCACGCCAAGCAAAGAUCUCCAACAUACCACUCCCCCAAGACCGAACUCGUCUCUUGCAAAGAUUAGUUCAGCUUCUGUCGCUCGUGAUGUGGAAGAUGUGAAGCAAAAUGCAACUAAACUGCCCUUGAGCCCUGCAUCAUCACUUUCAGUCUCCAUCAAUGGGAAGGCUGGUUCAGAGCCCUUCUUUGGCAUCUGUGCCAUUUGUGGUAAUUCAUAUACAGGCUUAGAGUAUGAAAGGCAGAUGAAGAGUCCCUGUUGCACCAUAUGCAGGGCCAACAAUCCAACUAUAGCCAAGAUUCAACUUCAUCAAAGAUUCAGAAAGUGGAUUCCUUGUGGUCACUGUAGGGCUUGCCUUACCACAGAAGAUUGUGGUAGUUGUGCCAACUGCAAAAAAACACUGAACCCUGACACCAGAAAACUUGUCCGCUGUCGGAAACGCAAAUGCAAAUGUCCUAUCCUCAAGUAUAAACCCGAUGGUCCCCAAAUGUUGGAUCCCUAUCCCAUGACGAAUUUUCAGAUUGACAGCAGAGAAUUGCAGAACUCCACUUCUCAAUACAGUGACCCUGAGGACUUCUCUGUGAAUGUCGAUAUAGAAGAUGACGAUGAAGAGUUUGAUGGUGAUGAUGCUGACUAUGAGGCUUGGGUGAGGAAACGUAAGCGGCGCUCCUGUGGGAAGUGUGAAGCCUGUAAUAGUAGGACAGACUGUGGCACUUGUGAUUUCUGCAUAGACAAACCCAAGUUUGGAGGCAGCAAUAAGAAGAGACAGAAGUGCCGUCUACGGCAGUGCCAGAGACAAGCCAUGAGACACUUGUUGCCCUUUCAGUUGGGCCAGACUGAUUUUGGGUCCCAAGAGGGGUGGGUGCAGCUUGGCAGGCCUAGGCCUCACUUUACAUACAGUCGCAAGACAACCUCAAAGAAAAGAAAAACACCGCAUCUGCAAGUGGACAUGGAGUUCACUGAUGAUGACGACGAGCCACUGCAGCAAGAAGAGGAUUAUCGCUACAUGGAAACAGCACAUUGGCGCCCUAUGCUUCCCAGCAAACGCCGGGAUGAGAAUUUCAGAAACCACAUACCGACAGUCCAGGUUGGAAUCAAUUUGGAUUCAAACUUAAAGAGAACAUCAACUCAAACCUAUCUUUUGGCUCACAAAGAGACUGUGGAAAUUGUCAAAAAUAAUUCACUUCUGGAGCAUGUCCCAGAUAUCCUCAACCUUAUAAGUUCUCCAGCAUAUUGCACACUGUUCAAACCGGCAGACCCCGCGGUGAAAUAUGUUGGACCCCCAGUUGAGAAUACAUCCUCAGCAGCUCCGGACAGACAGAGUGGAAUGAAUGGAGGAGGGCCAAGUGUGGACAUGGAUGUAGAAACGCCGUCUGUGGAGCCAGAAGUGGAGGAGGUCACACCUAUGAUCACUCAGAUCUUCAGUCUUGCUGACAGUGCAGGAACAAGUGGGAUCGACCAAGAACAUGAGCUGUUAAAGCUACUUAAGUCCAUUCACAGCUCUGCACUCCCCACACUCUGGUUUGCCAUAAUGGUGGAGGGCCCGACACUACAGCUACUGCAGUGCUCUAAGCUCUCCCACAUGGUGGACACAACCGUGCAGAUUGACCCAAGCUUCUACUAUCAGAUCUGUGUACAGGGCCAGCCGCUGCUCCUCACCCACCCGCUGUAUGGAGCUCACCCAUCCUGCUUGACAUCUGUGCCCCAGGUGGCGAACCUGCUCCUGGAUCUGGAGAAGUACAACGUGUGCCAGGGGGUCCCGACCAAGGAACAGCCAUUCAGCCAGGCUCCAAUUAUCAUUGAGCGGGCAUCAACCUGUGACUUUCUGGUACUUAAAGAAACCGAGCAAUGUGUGAGGUGUAAGGCCUUAUCCUGCAGCUAUUAAGGCCAGACACCACACCGUAAUAGGGAUUCCCCCCCUUAAUCAUAUCACAAUCAACUUUCUACAGUUGAAUGUAGGCACAAAUAAUAUUUUUUUGUAUUACAAUUUCAGAUUUAAAAAAAAUUGAAAUAUAUAAACUAGGUGACAUCUCAAUUAAAUAUUUGCAUAUCCCACACACAAAAAAAGUCUGGACACUGGAUUAAGUCAGCCUAAAUAUUUUUGGUUUCAUGUUGUUAAGACACUCCAGGACCGGACUUACUCAGUGCGUUGUGGACAAAUACUUGAAAAAUAUUUUUAAUCUGUAAAAUACUAAAGACAUGAAAGUAAGAUGCAUUUUGGCACAUUAAAAAACAAACAUAUUUAGGCAAGUAUGAGAAUAUAUCUAUUUGCUUCUGAAGCUGGGGGAAAUUAGUUGGCGUGUGGGAAGAGUCUUGACUUUUCGGAAUUGGCAGUUAGACAAGUACACUGAAUUUAGACUAACAAACACCUAUUUAGACCCAAUCACCAUCUCUUCCAAGUAAGUUACUACAUAUAGUUCAGUUUUUUACAUUUUCUAUGAAAUGGGCUUGUAAAUUGUGUAAUCCAAUGUAGUGGGCUUUGAAAUUGUGGAUGUUUGUCCAUUUUAAAGUGUUUAAAAUUAAUGACAUUUUGAUGACUGUAGUAUGAUAAACUAAUGAAAAUAUGCACUAUCAAGAUUGUCAUUUUUGUUUACUUUUUGAAAAUACUAAUGUUAAUGGACCAAAAUACCAACAAAUCUAAAAAUUGAUAGGUAGAUGCUGUGAUGUCAUUUCAGCCUGUGGUGCCUGGCCUUAAAAACAUUUGGUGCCGCAGGGUUAAGAGUCACCAGCACUUAGCAGUGUCACAGUACAGAGCAUCACAGCUCUGCCCUUAAAGAACAUUUCAAGUCUGCUGGCAAUGGACAACCAGGACUGUAGUAUUUUAUGCUUUUACCACUAGACUUUGCAAUUAUAUUUAAGAAAUUGAGGAAAGUGUUUUUUAUAGCCCAUUUUGUUAGUCUGUCUUACAAAUAAAUGUACAAAUCAUGA